AUAAUUCUUUAUUUAUUUUAUAAUGUAUUUGAUGUUAAUGAUAUUAACGUAAAAUAACGGAAUGAGAGGUUAUAGAUUCAGGGCUAAUCCAUUAGAUCGAAAGGUAAUUGUUCAUCUAAACAUUGGUAAUUCAGUCACCGGUACAUCUUUAAUGACAUGUGAUGGUGAAGGACUUUUCGGUCUUGGUGGCUUAGGUUUCGUUAUGGCCGGUGAAUAUGUACUUUUGGGAUUCCGAAACUCCUUUCGAUUUAAUGGAUUAUAUAUUUACCAGACUUUUUUUUUAAAGGAAAAAAUCGCGAUUGUUAACUUCAAAAUCACGAUGUUGAUUUUUGAAACGUAUUAUCAUCUGAUACCUUAGCAUCGAAUCUGGUUGGAUUUUCUAAAAUUGUUGCAUACUGAGAUCUAAAGGAAUAAAUGGUGAUUUUGGGGAAUUUUCUUUAUUACGAGAGUUAUUGGCCCGCGAUUCAGUAUGAAAUUUGAAAGGCUUUGGCACUGUAGGUACGAACGCACGUUUGCGUGCGAUCUUUUAUAAUCUUUGUUGACUUUGCUCUAAACCGAUUUUUGGUAACAAAAACUGAAAACAAAACUAUGGCAACUAAUUUUAAUAACGACAAACAUGAAGUGGUCAUAAGUUUGAAUAUAUAGAAUGUAAUGUUAGUCGGGUCAUGUGGGUAGCGCGAAGUACUCAAUUGCCACAAAC